GACAGUAUAAAUCUUUGGUUGACUUCAAACAUGAAACUUUCAUCGACUCUUGUAGCCUGUCUCCUAUUUUUCUGCGUCUCACGAGCAAUUGCUUCAGUGAUUCCAAACGGGAAAACAAUGGAUGACAGAAUUUUUCCAAAGGAAUAUAAUCCUCGCCCAGAGAGGAGUGAAACAAAGCAAAGAGAGACAAACGAGGGAAGAGAUUUGGAGUAUUUCCAUGUUCCAGCUGAUAACCAAGGAACUACCACCGCUGACUAUUUGGUGGAUUUCAAAACUAACGAGUUCCUUCGGCGCGUUGACAGGGACGGUAUUUGCUAUCUUGGACAACUGCCGGACAAAUUGCCAAAAGGAAGUGACCUACAGACUGCAUUACGUGAGGUUUUUGAUGCUCGUCCUUCUCGAGAAAAUCAAGAUUUAGUAGGAGACUACUGGUUCGUGACAGACAAAGUCGAUAAGGCUCAUGUUAAAGAGCAAGUCCAAAGGUUCUGUAAUCCGGGUUUCCCAAUCUAUCGUGUAAAAAAAGUUGAGCUAGUUUCCGCUGAUGCAGUUGAUGGUGACGGAAGAAGUAAUCGUAAAGUCAGAGGUACCUCCUUCGCUUCAGUAGGUUUGAGGUCUCCACCUCUUUGCUCAAAACCUGUUUCCAUUGAUUGUCAUCCUAACAACUGGUUGUAUGACUUGAAGAUCCGUGGUCGGCACUGCACAUGGUGGUUAACAUGCACCCAAGGCCGCCACAGCGUUGAUUGCGGUGACACAAAGUGGGAUGGCUCUUAUGACUCUAUAAUCUGCUACCAAAUUCGCUGCCCAUGAAGGAUGGAAACUUUCUUGGAUAAUUGUUUUUAAAUGAUGCCUCUUACGAAAAACGUUUAACUAAUUUCUGACUCUGGAAGAAGCACAGAUUCGCUUUCUGGUCUCCAAUUCGCCGCCUCGAUAACUUUUGUUUGUUUGUUUCCUUGUUUGUUUCAAAUUUGAAAGUUUAGAAGAAUUUAACCAACUGUCCUACCUCGACUUUUUAAGGACCUGCAUGCACAGUCUGUUCAAACAAACCAGCCAGGAAAGUAGGUCUUUCCUAAGCUUAGUUUGUUUGACUGUUACUCAUGUAAACCGCAUUCUUAGCAAUCUUUCAAGGGUCAAGCAGAAAAUUAAAAGUUAAGUUUUUGCGAAACUGUCACGAGGGCUCAAGAUCUAAUUACUUAAAAUAGAUAAACGACACGCACACCCAUAUAAGGAACUUUUGGAAUUUUGACCCUAAGCAUACGUUUCAGAUGUUUGCUCACCUAGGCGCUUAGAACGCAGCGGUCGACAUCCGCGCAUUUGCCGGCAAACCCUGUAUUGAAUAAGUGGAGUGCUUUCUCGUUGUGAUCUCACGUUAGGAAGUGAGAAUACGUUCGUAAGUUUAAUCAGUUUGAAAUGUAAGUCCUAGUGGGUUAUAAUCUUUCAUAACUUUGAAGAAUGUGGGAUGUAGUGAUGUUACUAAUGGCUAUAGAAAGUCCAAUAUGUACUGAGAAUAAUAAAAAAAAUCGUCUUUGUUUAACUCUUUUUUUUUAGAAGUGUUUGAAGAAGGUCAGAGAGGGAAAAUAAUGUAAACGAGAUUGGCUAGUCAUAGAUAACGGUCUGAUAAGAAAUUCUUUGCCUUGCUUA